GGGAGCGCCGAAAGGUCAGAUGAGGCAGCCGACCUUUAGCAGAAGGGAAUCGAGCUCUUGUUGUGGGGAGCGUUACGUGAAAUCGUGAUCGUUCGGAAAUGGGAUGGACUACCCCGAUUUGGCAAAAUGAGUUAAAUCCUGAGCUAGAGGCAGGGCAGAAGAGUGCUCUCUGAGAAUGCGAGAACUGCGGGGGAAUGCAGGGAAAGGGGAGGAAGGAGAAACUGUGGCUCGUUUCCUGCCCUCGUAACCGUUGCUAACGAGGUCGAUGCCUUCUGCCUGGUCAAGUCAAAUCACCGCAAUAAUUCCUUUCUGGGGGUUUAAAUGGUAGUUUUUCCAGCGCAUUGUGCGGAGAGGUUCCUCCUGCUGUGUCUUCCUUUCCUGAAAUUGCGGAGAGGGACUGUCGAGGAAGGCAAGCUAGUUGUCACGCUAGAACUGUUGAAUCCUGUACAACGCAGGAAGGACCACGUGUCGUGUUGUGUCCCACCCAAGGUGAAGUGCUCGGCUUUUCAGAGAAGUUUUUCCAGUUGCAAAAAGCUGCAUUCACAAGCAGAUAGCAGAUUUAAUUUCCUAGUGGGUUCAUAAAGUGGAGGGAAGAGUAGCUGCUGUCCCAUGGUCUUAAUUAAGUGCAGAGCAUAUCAGAGCCCUCAGGAUUCUGUUUUUUCUCCUUUUUUCCUCCCCCCCUAAGGCAGUACAGUAACAACUUAACAUUGCAUCCGUGCAAUAAAAGCAAAUGAAUAAAGAGUACAAAACUUAAAAGACUUUUCCUUGCAGUUUCAGUGAAGCAGGCGAGUGUUGGGUGAAUUAGUUUGGGCCUAUUUUUUUUUUUUUUACAUUGACUUUUGCUCUGCUGUAAAUGCUGAUGUUUAAAGGCUUUAGAAAUAAGAGGGUAUGAGUCCUUUUUGAUGUCGAUAAAUUGCUUUUUUUUUCUUCUUUAUUGACAUUUAUAUUUUCCACAAACACACGGUCAGGGUUGCAGUUGCCUUGGGCAAAGCUGAUGUGCUUUUUCAAUCUUUAUUUUCUGUGGCGAGUGCAGUUGUGCUUUUCAGCGGCGAAACGCAAUGGCUUUGGACUUCUCCGCCUUACAUGUUUUUGGCUGCCAUCAGAAAAUGAGAAUGGGUGUCUAUAUUCUAGUUCCUUUCCUCAUGGUGUGAAAGGGGAGAGCAUUCAGAGCUCUUCCUCGCUUUCUGGGUAAGUGUCCUCGGUGUGAUUUCCAGGGGGGCAAGUGCUCUGCUCUCGAGACGCUUGCCCCAAAAUGGGGCUUUUCGCAAAGGUGCAUUUAACCCUCCGGACGUGAAGCAUAGAUCAAGGCCGGACAGCAAAGCAAACAUAUGCCACCUGCUUGUCUCAAUCCAUCUGGUCCUCGUCCGGCGAGGCUUUUUGUCUCCUAAUGCUGUUGGUUGCUUGUGCUUCAUGGUUGGCUGCAGAGAGCGUGGUAACAUGCCCCUUUCAAAAGAGGGGAAGAAGAUUUAGUGCAAGCAAAUCUGACGGGCCACGUUGCUGUGUUCUCGUCCCAUUCACGUACUGCUUACUCAGUAUGAGGCCAGUAGCCUUCUUCAUAGUCUAGGGGAGCUACAGAAUAGUCCUUUACACGUAGCAAGUGUGGGAACAGUCCGGAGCGUGGAGUCCAGGGAGUGCGAGCCGCAGGCUAGUGAGCACUAGGCGGAUGGUGCUGUUGAUCUUGCACGCUGAGGUACAAGAAGACCGAGGGGACAGUGCCAUGGAAAGCUGUUGCGCCACUACCUGUGGCGGGCUGUUGGAAUCGAGUCUCUUGGCUGCACCUAAGCAAGAGUAGGUAACGUGCUAUAAGGUUCUGCCCGUGAUAAGUACAUGGAGUAUAGGAAGAUAGGGGAGGCCCAGUCCGGUGUGUAGCGUGUCAGCUGAUGAAGCUCUUCCUUCUGCUUCUGCUUCCUUUCCUUCAGGCUCCUCCCUUCUGAAGGCUCCCCCCCCCUCCCCCCCCCAACGUUGUGCACGGAGGCAGAUUCCUUGCCUGCCCUUCCUUGCCUGAGAUCCACAGCCUGAAAGAGAGGGGACUCUUCCGUGGCGGGAAAGUUCGGAUUGUCAGGGUGCGCUCGGUUGGUUUAUUGCUUGGCAACGGAAGACCUGCCGAAUCUGCUGGUGACGUUUCCCCAAAGCCAGCUCUUUCUUUUGCGGCUCAAAGUAAUCUUCUGCUGUUGAAAAUACCUUAACCUUGCGGAAAGAAGUUUUCUUGCCACCCUCUCCAUGCCUUUCUAACUCAGGGCACCGCUCUGCAAUGACUCGUGGCCUUCACGAGGAGUUCGGUGCAGAUUACGUUCGAAGAGGGAGCUCAGCUACCGCGAGCAGCCAGUAUAAGCGACGUGAUGUGCGAGGGGCAGACCGAGCACAGCAUGGUGCUACGCUGCAGUCUCACAGCUGAAGCUGUGAAAUUCCCUGUCUCUGUUGCUCAGCAGUCCCCGGCCGCUGUUUCCGUGGAUACCUAUCAUGUCACCUUGGCUCUGCUGCAGGCUCAGGUGGAGAUCCACUUGCAGGAGAUGCAGAAUGAGGGUCUCCUGGUGUCGUGGGCGUUCAAGGACAGACCUGACCUCAACCUCUCGGUCGUUCCGAGACUUCUGCCUCAUAAGAAUGAAGGAGGAGUGGAUCUGUGCACCAUAAAGGAUCUGAUAGAGGAUACCAUUGUCAGCACGCAGCCAGCCGUGAUGGUGAAUCUGAAGGCCUGCGCUGCCGACGCCGCUGCGGUGCCCGGCACUCAGGUGACGCGAGAAGGGCCAUGCGGCGGGGCAGCCCCUCUGGGGUCGAAGCUGCUGCUCCGGAAUCUGCAGGUGCUGAACCUGGGCUGCACCGGGAAGGCAGGAGUUGGCGAAAUACACUGUGUGGCGGAGCUUGACAGCCCUUUGCAGCAGAAAUGCACAAAGCCGCUGAAAGCUGGCGGUGUGGGAGCUGCAGCGGAGAUGCAGUGGAACGAGGAGCUCCUUCUGGAGUUGGGGCCUAGAAGUAAGGAGCUGAAGCUGCGAGUGCUGGGGAGCAGUGGCAGAGGGGACAGUGUGCUGUUGGCACACACUGCGCUCUUCCUGGACUCCUCGAGCAAAAGGCCAUCUGGGAGACAAGUCUGCUCGUUGGCACCGGGAGCUGGGCAGUCACUGGCAGCUGAGGCGACGAUUGUGCUGGAGCUGCUGUACCAGGAGUCUUCCGCAUCUCUGACUGCUCAGCACGCCUCGUCUCUGCGUACCAGCAUCACUCCCACCAAGAAGGUCGAGAUGGACCGGACCAUCAUGCCCGAUGGCACCAUCGUGACUACUGUCACCACAAUUCAGUCCCGGCCCAAGGCAGACUGCAAACUGGAUUCACCAUCAAGGUCGCCAUCCAAAGUGGAAGUGACUGAGAAGAAGACAACAGUGCUUUUGGAGAGCAGCUGUCCUCGCAGCACCGUAUCCAGUGGUAGCUGGGACGGCCACAUGCCCAACGGCCUGGAUCCGGUGGCCGAGACGGCGAUUCGGCAGCUGACCGAGGCAAAUAACAAGCCCGCCAAGAAGACCCCAACGAAACGGAGCACGCUGAUCAUCUCGGGAGUUUCCAAGGUGCCCAUUGCCCAAGAUGAAAUGGCCCUUUCUCUGGGUUAUGCUGCCUCCCUGGAGGCCACGGCAUAUGGGGAUCCCAUAGCAGCAGGCGUGGCUGGGCAGGGACAUGCUCCCACCGAAUCGUCCCAGCUGUCGGAGGCAUCGCUGUCAGGACAAAGGGCCAGCCAGGAACUGGAUGAGACGACGCGAUCUGACAUCUCCGAGAGGCCAUCGGUGGAAGAUGUUGAGUCGGAAACCGGCUCCACGGGAGCUCUCGAGACCAGGAGCUUGAAAGAUCACAAAGUUAGCUUUCUUCGGAGCGGUACCAAGCUUAUCUUCCGAAGAAGGAGCAAGCAGAAGGAAGCGGGUCUGAGCCACUCGCACGAUGACCUGUCGAACGUCAGCAGCAGCUCUGCCCCGAGGACAAAAGCCGGCAGCUUCUCCCGCCGCCUCAUCAAGCGCUUCUCCUUUAAGUCGAAAGCCAAGCCUAAAGCUGGUGACAGCACGCCACCAGGUGAGAACUGAAGGAGAGAGAAGCCAGGCAGAAAGACUGCGCAGAAACCCUUUUCUCGUUUCUUGUCUUCCCGCUCCACGGUGUCUAUGACCUAUAGUCCAGUUUCUGCCGGCAUUGGUUGAGAGAAGACUGCCCAGUGCGUCCCACUGUGUGGGCAGCAGAGGUCUGGAGGAGCUGGGGCUUAGGCUGCUCCCUGCCGCCUCUGAUGGUUGUGACUCUGGGUGCCCGCUCGAGAGAUGCAGCUGGCCUGCUAAAGGGCUCGCGGGUGCCCAGAGCUGCAGAAGCACCUCACGCUUAGCUUCAUCGGAGCCCUCCUGGAAAGGGGCCGGACCCCCCCCAUGUGACAGUUAAAAGUUGGGAAAUGGCUACAUGUGAAAGGUCUGGAUCACCUUUAUGUCUUUAGCCGCACUGCUGUGGAAGAGAACGACUGUCAGUCCCUUCUUCGCUGAGCCUACGGAGAGGCGGUUUCGGGGCAGCUGUUGGAGUAGCGCGGGGUGGCUGCUGUUGGUGUGCGUUGCAGGCUUUUGCCUUGUGCCGCAAAUCGCUCCCCCUCGGAUCACAAUUGGAGUAAUAACCUCAGUGGCAGCUGGAAAUGGAAAAGGUGCUUGUGCCUUUGCGGUACCACAGCUCCCUUGACAGGCAUGACUGCUCUUCCGCACCCUUCCUCAUCCGUACAGGUACGGGACCAAAUACCCACGCUCCUCACGUGUGUGCUCUUUUGUACUGGAUGCCUGCUCCCGGGGUGGGUUCUUUUAACCCCAGAAUGUUUAGACAAAAGGAUAGGCACUGUUUAGCUUCUUACGAGGUGAGAAUUUAAAAGGCAAACUUAAGUACAGGCUAAAUGA